AUGACCAAGGCCACCGACACCCUCCUCAUCUUUGCUGCUUUGGGAGCAGUGUACUUUGCCCUUAACGUCGGCGUGAUCCCCUCGCCCCAGAAAUUCCACGACGACAUCUUGCCGUUCCUCCCCUGGUGGGGGCUCGUCACCUUCGGCGCCUACGCGUUGUCGUGGUUGGGGAUUGGCAUCUUGACGUUCAAGGACAAGAAGCAGAAGCACGACGAGUUGUUGCAGCAAAUCGACGAGGCCCGGGCGUUCUACAAGUCCAAGGGCAUCAACCUCGACUGA